GCCCCCGCCCCUGCGCGCCGUGCCCGCAAGAUGGCGACUGCCGGGCGGGCAUGGCGGGUCGCUGUGCUGCUGUCGCCUUGGCGGCUGCGGGCCCCGUGCCGAGCCUACGGCGCUGCGGCGGGGGGUGGCGGCGGCGGCGGCGGCGGUCGUCGCUUGCUCCUGGGCGCUGCCUUCGCCCUGGGUGGCGGCACCGGUCUGUACCUGGCGGCGCAACACCGCCUGCGGGAGCACUCGGCCGCUGAGCUGCUUGCAGGGGACCUGCAGCUUACCCUCUACCAAUAUAAAACAUGCCCUUUCUGCAGUAAAGUCCGAGCUUUUCUUGAUUAUCAUGGACUGCCGUAUGAAAUUGUGGAAGUGAACCCAAUAAUGAGGAAAGAAAUCAAAUUCUCUUCCUACAGAAAGGUGCCUAUCCUGCUAGCUAACGCUGGAAGCACUCUGCAAUUGAAUGACUCUUCAGUGAUCAUCAGUGCAAUAAAGACCUAUCUCAUUUCCAAGAGAAAUAGCUUAGAAGAGAUUGUGUCCUUUUAUCCUCCUAUGAAAACUGUGACUGAUCAAGGCAAGGAGGUAUUUGAGUAUGGGAAUAAAUACUGGCUCAUGCUGGAUGAGAAGGAGACAAAGCGAGUCUAUCCUGUCAAAGAAGUAAGAGUGGAAGAAAUGAAGUGGAGAAAAUGGGCUGACGAUUGGCUUGUUCACCUCAUCUCCCCCAAUGUCUACCGUACCCCAAGAGAAGCCUUCGCGUCUUUUGAUUACAUUGUCCGUGAGGGAAAGUUUGGCACUGUGGAAGGUUUCUUUGCCAAGUACAUGGGGGCCAUUGCCAUGUUCUUCAUUAGCAAGAGACUGAAGAAAAGACAUCACCUCCGAGAUGAUGUCCGACAAGACUUGUACGAAGCAGUUGAUGAGUGGGUAAAAGCCAUCGGCAAACAUCGACUGUUCAUGGGCGGAAACCAGCCGAAUCUUGCUGACUUGGCUGUAUAUGGGGUCCUCCGAGUCAUGGAAGGGCUGGAGGCCUUUGACGACAUGAUGGUUCACACCAAGAUUCAGCCUUGGUACCAGCGCAUGGAAGAAGUCAUUCAAAAAGCUGAAGUUGCAGUCUGAUGCCAGCUUCAGCUGCCUUUCUGAAGUACUUGCAUGGAAAAAGCUUCAGAAGGAAUGACGUUUUCUUUUUUAAAGAGUUGAAUGGACUGGUCACACCUAAUGGACUGACGCGCAGGUACAGAGACUGUCCCAUUUAGGGUCCUAAGUCUCAGCGAGCAAAAGGGAUCCAGCUGCGCACAAGUUUGAAUGUGAUAUUUAGAAGGACGGGGACAGGUAAAAGGAAGGGAUCUUGGACACUGCUGGAAAGGAGAAGCUCUGACUGAACUGAAGAAUGCGCCGAACAGGCUUCUUUUAGGUGAGAGCCGUGCUCAGAGCAGGUUACUGUAAAAGCAAGCUGCUUUCUUGGCUAGUAAGUGUUACGGCCAUAUCAGAUACAGUAGGUCUGAGCAGCUUUUGCUUCAGGCUGUCUUCCUCCAUUCAUCCAUGUCAUCCAAAGUGUUUUUCUGAGCGAGACGCUGGAUACUAGAUUUUAAAUGACUCUUAAUUUUUCCUGCAAUAGAAUCCAGUAAGCCCAGUGCUGAGGGAACUGGAGGAAUCCAUGACACUGGCAAAGGCAUCCUUCCAAAGUCAGAAAAGAUGCUGCGCUUGACAGAUUGUAAGCUUUUACUCUUCCAUGUAAACGGUUCUUUCACUACCUGGUUCUGUACGGUCUGCAAGGAUAAAGGCUCUUUCUGUGCC